CUUAUUUAUUAUAAAACAACAUUUAAGUAAACAAUAAACUUUUGUACACUAACAAAUUAUGAAAAAUUUGUUAAGUUAGUCAGUACAACUUGGUAUACGCAUGGUUACUUUCGUAUACGUAUUUACUCUAUAUUGUAUUCAAACAAGUGAAUGAAGAAGAAAAUUGCUAUGGUAACCAAAAAGUUAAACAUAUUGUUCUCUUUGAUAUUGUUGGGAUAAACUUUAUUUAAUAGGAAAUAAUGGAAAGUAUAGAACUAAAUUCGAUUCAUAAAGAUUAUCUAAACAAAAGUGAUAGUGAAGAAUAUCAUGAAAUAAGUCAAGAAGUAAUUAGAGAAGAUAUUGUGCCAUCCAAACCUUUCGUUACACCGGUAAACGAAUAUAAUUUCUUUGUCCAGGAUGAUACGGAAAAAAUAAAAAAGGCUGUAUCAAAGAAGAAAAAAACCAAAAAGAAAGAAAAACCAAAAAAACUCUUAGAUAUCUUAAAUACUGAAUUGUUAGCGAAGCCGCUUCUUAUAAAAAAUAAUGUAAAUUAUUUGAAUUACAGAAAAGAGCAGGAUAGUUAUUUAUGGAAAAAAUCUAAUUUGAGUGGUAUCUUGGAGUAUAAGAGAUCGGGAAACAUUGAAAACGGAUUAGUAAGACGUAAAACUGUAAAUAUCAGUCCAAUAUUUCCUCGAGUUCUCGAAAGUAGUAUAAGAAAAAAUACAGUUGUUUAUGCUCAAUACAUGGAACCGUCGCUCUUUAGCGAUAUCAUAACAGAAUAUCUAGAAAAUGAGACAAAACAAAAUCCUAGAUUUUUAGAUGUUAUAUUAAAUAAUCUUAAGUUUAAACAUCAUCAUGAGUUCUCACUAGAAAAACUUCUCUCCACAAAACUAACAGAUGUUUAUAAGGAAUACGAAACAAUAAAAAAGUCAUUAAGCGACAUAAGUAAGAAUGUUGAAGUUAAUAGAAGAACAAGGGACAGCUUAAAAGAAAAAUUAAUUGAAAUAAAUCCAAACAGUAAAAAAGAUGUAAGAUUUGAUGCCAGUGUUUUGAAAUACACAAAAAUAAUGUUAGAGUCUAAGGAAGAAUAUUACAAAGCUUUACAGAAAGAGAAAGAAAUUAUUCAUACGUUAUUAUCACUAUGGUUUGAUAUUGAAAUGGUAAGAGAGAAAUCGGGAACAGCGAAAACUGGUUAUAGAUUAGAAGUAAAACGCAACGAAAUGGAUGAUACCAAGUUUAAAAAUGAAUGGUCUCGAAUCUAUGAAACUGAAUAUUCAGAUUUAAUCGUGCAGAUAGAAUACGAUUUCGUACUAAAGUAUCUCGAAUAUAAGGAAUUAAAACGGGGCAGAAAUUCAAGUGGUAUGAAUGAAAAGAGUACAAUAAUUGCAAAACCUAAAUUGAAUAUUAACUAUGAAGAGUUGAAAGUCCGCGUAGAAAAGAUUGUCGAUGAUGUAUUAGCAAGAAAUACGACUGAGGUAUUCCUAAAAAUUGAUGACAAUAUUUUCAAUGAACAAGAAAAUAAGAGAAAAUUAGCUUAUGUAUCGAAUUAUUAUUAUUUUAAAAUUUUUGUCGAUGAUGUUUUCGUUUGCGAAUCUGAACAGUAUACGAAUGAUAAAAGGAAAUUCGAUAUUGAUUUUCUAGAGUCUUUAUCUAUUGAAAUUCUACCUUGCAAUAAAUAUGUUAAUGUUAUUUUGUAUGAAAAUGACGAAAAUGUAUCAUCUUUCAAUAUAAAUUUCUUUGAUAUAAAGAAAAAUAUGAAUGAAUCAAGUUUCAUUAAAAAUAUGUUUAUUUAUAAUAAAACGAUCGAGCCGAAUAAUAAAAUAAUUGGCAGCGGGUAUGAUAUAAAAGAAAUUAGUCGUAAAAACAAAGCUAGACUAAAGUCUAGUAAUUUAUUUAAAGGGAAAUUAUGGACGACAGGCGAAGUAAAUGUUAAAUUCGGCUGGAACGAAAAACUUAACGAUACUCAAGGCGAAUCUAUUAAGUGUUGUAUAAAUACUGGCCAAAAGAUCAAAAAAUUACUACAAAAUAAAGAGAAAACUAGCUUACCCGUACUAACAGAACUAAUAAACGAUUUGUAUGAGUGUAACGUUGAAAAUGAUGAGAACAUAAUGAAUGGACUAAAAAACAUUUACGACACUAGAUUUAAAUUGUUGCAUCUGAGAAAUAUUGGUGGAUUUGUUGGAUUAGAGGAUAAAGCUAUUCCGUUAUUUACAAGUCAGAUUUCGACGGAACAAUUGGCUUGCUUACAGAAGAGUGAAGAGAAAGAUUAUCGUGAUGUAAAACAAAGUGCUGAGAUGGAUCCUAUAGAUUUGCAAAGGUAUAUAGGAAUGAAAUUUGUAGAAAAGUUGAAUAAAAAUUUGAUGGUAAGCUUAAAUGAGUUUCUUUUGAAGAAAACUUACAAAGAUGUGGUCAGGGAUUUUGGAGGUAUAAGUAUUAGAAGUAUAUUUUUAAACGAAGUGGAUUUAUCUCUGGCUGGGUUUUCGAAUAUUACAAAGCAGAAAAUUCUGAAGGAAAGUCUGAUAAAUGAACAAGAAAUACAAAUCCAAGUACUUAAAGCUUUCAAUUUAACAGACCGCAGUGCCACUACAUUGACAGAGGAAGUAAAUUACGACGAUGAAAUAGCCGGAUUCAAAGUACGGCCGUUGAGACCGUUUGUUAGUAUAAGUUAUCAUGAUGUAUCUGCAAGGACACCGACAGCGAUUGGAUGUCACCCAACUUGGAACCACUCUGUUAAACUUAAGACGAGGUUUGAGCCACUAUCCUUUAUCAAUCUAAAUAUAUAUGACGAAUGUAAAGAUAACGCUACAGAAGUGCACUCCGAUGAUCAGUCAUUACACAGUACAGUAUAUUAUAGAAAAACAAAUAGAUGGUUAGGAGCUAUACAGAUACCUCUGCAUACUGUUUUAAGUUUGGGCACUAUUCAUGGCACUUUUAAAGUAAACAUUCCACCUUUGAUAUUUGGCUACGAAAGUGUGUCAUCAAAAGAAAAGCUAUCUUUAAUUCCAGAAAUUACACAGCUUAUGAAAAAAGAAACGUCACUUUUGGUUCUUCAAAUUACAUCUAGUGUGUCUCAUUUGGGAGGAUAUCAAAUGUACUGUCAACCAGUCCCAACACAGGGUCAAGAUGACUAUAUUAUACAACAGCUGAAUAAAUUUGUAACUGAUUAUGUCAAUGAUUUUCCAAAUAGAAAUAUUUCAUUAACAUUCAUAGGUAGUUGUGGUAAAAAUAUGUGUGUUUCUGAGUUUCUUCAACCUAUACCCCUACCUGAUUACUAUCUUCCAUUAGAUCCUAAAAAAAACGAAUCAGCUCAUUCAAGAGGUUCCGGUCAUUCAAAGAGUUCGUCUUCUAAAAGUAGUAAUUUUGAGGUUUGGAAGAGUGAGGAAAAUGAACUAACAAGGAAUGUAGAUGCAGUGGUUCGAUAUGUUUCUCUGAUACCUACAUAUGAUAUGACUGAAUCUCAUAUGGUCACAUUAAUGGGAGUGGAAUUAUUGAAAGUUUUAUACGGAUCUCCAUUAGACCACACAAUCCUGUUGGCUAGUUAUUUUAUGGAAUUGGGAAUAAAAUGUUGGGUCGUUGUCGGUUUUGGUUUGCCUCGUGGUCAAAGCAGUUACGUGUUAGUGAAAUAUUUUAAGAAUAAAGUAUUAACAAUAAGCGACCAGUUAAAAAACAGUAAAUUAUUUAGGAAAAAUGAUGGCUUUAUAUGGUAUGUGUAUGAUGCAGUAUCUGGCGAAAGAUUCGAAUUGAGAGAAAUUGGAUGUCCUCUCAAAACAGUUAGUUACGUCUUCGACAGUGAAAAUAUUUGGGUGAAUAUGCAAGAUUCUCAAUCAUGCGAGAGUGUGUCAUUUGAGUUUACGAAUUCGUCUGAUUGGAAAGCUGUUUUAAACAAACCUUUAUUUCCGACAAAACCAAUACUCACAGAGGGUUUGUACAGCAAGCCAGGAAACGUGGAACACUUACGAUUCAAUUUAGAGGCAAAAAUCAAAAGUAAAGUCCAAAAAUGGCGUUCUCGUGUUAAAACUAUAUGGAACAGAUAUUGCAGUAGUCUGUUAAGAGAAAUGCUUCCCCACUACGAAUAUUGGGCUUUUAAUCCAAUGGAACCUCGACCAAGUCUUGGAAAUAGGCUUAAACAACUUAUAGCCACAUAUAAGAUCUUCGGAUUUCCUCUAAACAUGCCGUAUAUAAAUACGAAGCUCGUAAUCUCGAAUAUUAAAUCAACGUCAAUACAUGCUAACGAUGACCCUAACGUCGAGUUCGGUCUCGGCGUAGAAGUGUUCGCCUAUUCUAACAACGUUAUAAGCGUUUGGGUAUUUUUAGCGUGCAUUACUAGAAUGUAAAAAAGUCGAAUGAAAUAAAGGAAAUACUAAUGAAA